AUGACAAAAGUGUUUUUUCCCUACGCACUGGUUCUUUCCGUGCUAUUCUUCCUUUUGGUGAAGGCUGAAAAUGACAUAAGCAAUACCUUUUUCAAGUUUGACAAUUGCGAGUCCACAUCAACCUUUGCGAGCAUCGGAGAAAAUGGGCUACCGCAGUACGGCGCAGAUAACGCGCUGACGAGGGGUUCAGGUUAUUGGUGCUCUGAAGGGAAACACACUGCCAGUGAGGUCAUUUCUUGGACAGGGCAUUUAAAAAAUGUCAGAUCGUUAAACGGAAUCAUCGUUCAUUGGGCAUAUUCCCCUGGGGAAGUCUCUGUCUUAGCUAGCUACGAUGGGAGCGAACCGUACGAAGAGGUGGUGCCCUACCAGGUGAUCGAGUCCCGUGCGGGCGAUGUCGUGCAGAACAUCAUCUUCAAUCACGUGGUGGUGGCGAAGUCGAUUAAGCUCAGCAUGAGGCGCCCGAUCCACGGAUAUUUCGGAAUCAAGUUUGUAAACGUUCUUGGAUCUAGGGAUCCGACACUAAGGAUACAAAGUGGAAUGAGCAACGUGACGCAAGAUCUGUGUCUACAAGUAGACGAGACGAACGAAGUAGUGCUGGACGGGUGCAUCACGGCCAUGUCUUACCUAGACGGAAGAGACCUCUGGAAAUUGAACGCACAAAAUCAGAUAUACAGCCCGGUGACUAAUUUGUGCAUGAGCCUGAAGGACAACAUGACGGCCAAUGGGGGGAGAGUAACAAUGGAAGAUUGCAAUGCAAGUUUGGAACACAACGAUGGGCGUAGUAGUUGGCAGUUACUACCAAAUAAUCAGGUAAAAAUAUUAAGAGAGGGAAAUUUCUGUUUAUCUCAAGAUGGACCAAAAUCAGGAAGCAUAGAUGUAGCCUUAAAUAAACAAACGGAUUCUACCCUAUCCAGGGAAGAUAAAAAGUUUUCCACAGAUAAAGCUGUUGAUGGGAAUUUGGAUACAUUUUGGGUCUCACAACCAUUUACCAUAGACACAGCUCCAGAUGCAGUUUAUUUUAAUAUUAACCUAGGAAGUAAAUACAAACUGCAAAAAUGUAUUAUUGACUGGAAAUUUCCAGCUACAAAAUACUCAAUUAUGAUAAGUAUUGAUGGACAGAACUUCAAAGAAGUUAGCAGCAACUUGGCAAAUUUUCUGAGUAGCACAAUUAAUAACUUACACAGUUUUGAAGGACAAUAUGUAAAGUUCAAAUUGAUGGCUCCUAAUCCUGAGUUUUCUGAAGAUGAAAAUUUAUUUUAUGGUAUUAAAAAAUUGUCUAUAUAUACCAACAGAGUUAAAUCAGUGGUAGAGGACUGUGAUACGGUCAAAGAUUCUGAAGAUGCGAGGGACAAGUACUUUUUCGAAUUCGUUUCCGAAGUAAACAUGCAGGAAGGAAAAGAACUGAAGCGACUAGAUGGAGAAUUACAACUAUACGCAGAGAAGAUACAAAACGAAGCUUUGAAAAUCCAAAAACUUAAUCCUCAACUAAAAAAAUGUAAAAGUGAAAAGGAAAAGCAACAUAAUGAUAUAGCCAACAUAAAAAAUGUGGUGCUGAAAAAUAUAUACCAUGUUAUUAACGAAGCAGAGAAAAUUAUCAGGAGAAAUUCCUUUAGCUACAAUUAUUCUACUUCGACGAAGGAAUUGGGACAGACCCCUGAAAAUGCAGCAGAUGAUUGUUUCCAUUUGAAGAAAACGCUACCUAAUUCUCCUUCAGGAUUUUAUUAUGUUCUACCUGCCUGUUCGCAAAAUGUUCUAAGAGUUUACUGUGAUAUGAAUAUUGGCGCUACUUACUACGUUCCAUCGGUAGACUCAAAUUUGAUUAACAAAAUAAAGGAUGUGCAAAAUGUGUGUGCGAUUUAUGGAUUGAGUCCUAUCCAACUACAUCACGAAAGUCAAUUGCAUGCGCUCAAGAAUUUGUUUCGAAUUAUGGAUGUAAGUAUAGAGAACCCUGUUCCGCUAGCUAUCAGAGGAAGUGUCAAGAUAGAUGACAACGAUCAGGACGAAAACGAGUCGCUAUUCUUCUCCUUAGAUUAUGAAGAAAACGUCCAUGCUAUUGUCUCAAAAUAUGGAACCCCGACAGGAAACACAUUUGGGUUAAGCAACGAAGGCGUAGUCUUCUUCGAUUCUUCCAACUCAGAAAUGUCAGCAUUUGUCUGCUCAGAUAAUGUAAACUCCAUCAAUUUGCCAGAACCAUUUUUGAACCUAAACUGCAAAACGAGCCUAAAGGAAAAUAACCAAAUUAAAAAAAUGGUCGGGAAUGAGUACCUAAUUAAGUGUCCACAUGACUGCUUAGAGAGGGAAACAGAAGAGUCCGUCAUCGGGGGAGAAUCCAACAUAUACUCGGAUGAAAGUUCCAUCUGCCUAUCAGCAAUCCACGCGGGUGUGUAUGACAAGCACUACCUAAUUCGUCUCAGAGUAGUAAACGCGUUAGCACAAUAUGAAGGCGUUUUUCAAAAUGGCAUCAUCUCAGAAAGUUACACUAGCGAGAGCGAACAAGUUGCAUUCAAGCUGUUCAAUGUGCCACCAAAAUGUCCGGGGAAUUCUGACCUGCACUACAACUUCACCUUUCUCGAAAUGGACAAUAUUGGAGAUAACACAGAGGAAAAAGAGAACUUGUAUGUGGAUCCAUCGACUGCAGAUGCCAUAAACGAUUUGGUCACCAUUGUGAAUAAGCAAGUUGGAAGUACCGAUCCGACCUUUCUAGCUUUAAUAAAUAAACAAGCCAUUAGCAUAAUUUCCAAUGCCAGGAGGUAUCUAAAACCCACAGAAAUGUUUGAAAAAAAUAUCGAACUUUUGUCCGACGAGACGUUAAAAGAUGUACGGAGAGUAUCACACACGAUUAAAUUGCUAAUGUCCAAAGUUACAUCGGAGGUCGAAAAGAGGAAGUACAAAUUGGAAGCGUUAGUAGAUGAAAGGCUCAGACAAAAAGAGUUCGACACAUGGAAAUUGAACGGUGAAAUUGGAAAGGAAGAUCUAUACAACGUAUUUGAAGUAAUAAAUUCUGUGCACCUUCAGAAAGGGGGGAAAUGGGACAUCUCCGAAAAUCCACUUGAAGAAGGUAUGACGGGAAACACACUCUCUCAGAAUGCUCGCGUCGUUAACAUGAUCGGUAUGAAUGCCACCAGUACAGAUGACAUAUUCUCCGGAAGUUACGCCUUCUUAAGAUAUAAGUCUUUCUACGAUUUUGUGUUUUCCACGUAUAUUUACGUGAAGGGCACAGGAUCGGUAGGAAUUAUUUUCAGAGCGCAGGACAAAUAUAACUACUACAUGCUAGAGAUGAACAACUCUCCUUCCAGUGGGUUUAAACGUUUACUAAAAUUUGAAAAUCAGGAACCAACAGAACUAGCCAUUAUUACCGAUGCCGGUUUUGAUGAAAAUACCUGGUUUGUCGUUAGAAUAGAAUGCAUUGGGGCUAAGAUAAAAAUAAGCAUCAUUCCAAGUGCUGGUCCUCUAUAUGAAUUACCCACUCCUGAUAUGGUUGUAAAUGAUGACUUCAAUUCAGCCGGAACAGUUGGGUUUUACACAUACGGAAUCGAUUCUGCUGAGUUCACCAACCCGACAGUUGAAUCUGUUGAGUGCUUGUCCAGAGGAAGCGUACAUAAAAACAUCUCCCCCUUGACUUGUAACGUAUAUGAAGAAUAUUUCCUUGGCAAAUUUAACAAGUCCUACAACGUUUUCGAUCCAGAGAACGCGCUAAAUGGACCAUCCAACUGGAGCUACGCCACAAAUGUAGCAAAUGAAAAACAGGUUAUUUUGCAAAACUCCAAUAUGAAAGCAGAAGACACUCCAAAUGAAAUUCCUUCUAUUGCUAUCUUACAGAAAAAAAUAUGCGAAUCUGGAAUAUUCAACUUUUCUAUCUAUCCCAAAUGCACCAGUGGAGUAGUAGGUGCAGUCUUCAAAUUUGUGGACUCUCAGAAUUACACCUUGCUAGAAGUAGGACCCAAUUUUACCCGUUUGAGACAAAAUGUUAAUGGAACAUUUCAUUUACUAGCCAAAUCUAUCAUAUCCGGAUAUAAAGAAAACGCCUGGAAUCGCAUCACCAUAUCGUUUACCUCUUCCGACAUAAACGUUAAUAUGGGCACCGGUCUAAUGACUUAUCCUAUUUUUAGUUUAAUCGGCUUAGACUUACAAGGAGGACAACAAGUGGGGUUCACAUCAAACAACUGUAAUGACAUUGCAUUUAGUCAUAUUUUCAUACACCCCUUUGACUUCAAGCCAUACAGUCCUACUCCCUCCGUGGGGAUUGAAAGUAUGAUGCCGCUUUUUUCGACAGUGAAAGAAAAUAUGUUGGAAGGACGCAAACAACUGCAUAACCAUGUUGACUACACAAAAGGGGAAGAUACUCCUCCAGCUAGCCAAAUUAAUCAUGCAGAAAUUGAAAAGCAUUCAUUUGAAAAUAAAGAAGAUGAUGUUGUAAAACGAAAUAUCCACUACUGCGCUACGCACAAAAAUAUUGUUGACCGAAUGGCUUACUGUGAUCAACACGGAGAGGAAGAUAAUUCGGAUUGCACAAAUAACUUUUGCAAUUUCUGCUGUGAAAAUAUUGAUUCAGUUGAGAAGGAGGAUAAGCGAGCUUGCGUUGAGCUGUGCCAAAAGCUAGAUGACAAAAUUGUGCAGACGUCGGAAAUUUUUAACUUCCUUAAAAAGUCUUGCAUUGAAUCUCCUAAUGAUGAAUUGAAACAGGAAUGCGAAACUGAUACUAAUAAAGAAGAGUGUCUUACAGACAUGUGUCAAAUGUGUUGCCAAUCCGUCAUCGUGCCAGAGAAGCUCCUUCCAAAUGGCGUCGACAUGGAUUCCCUAAUCGACCAGUGCAUGUCCCUGUGCUGA